AGCUCCACGAAAGCGGUCCAACCUGUACAGGCAACCCCAACUUCCUUCAUUGCCCAUUCUGGUCCUCCCUUCAUCCUUCUCUACAAGACCUCUUAGCUGUCAGAACAUCGGUCAGGCCUUGUCUUCUUCUCGAGUGCCAUCCGGAGAUCCUUAGUCCUCUCGCAGUGUUGAGUCGCAGCAUUCCCCUCGCCUCGGCUGGAUACCCCUCGCAGUCACCCUCAAUCCCUCCACUCCGGUAUGACCUCGACCCUCGUCAAAGUCGCAGCUGGUGUGGCAGCAGCGGCAUAUAUUGAUGCCAAACAUGCUGUAUCCAACGACCUCCGCUUGGCCCGCGGCACAACCGCCGCAACUGUCGGACUCAAGUACCGAGCCAUGAAGAACAGACUGUCACUGUAUGAAGUCUUCGCAGACAGUGUCGCAGCGCGGCCGGAUGCAAUCGCUUAUGUAUACGAAGGCCAAAGCUGGACAUGGAAGCAGAUCGAUGGAGAUGUCAACCGUGUGGCCCACUACCUGAUCAAUCUCGGCUUGAAGCCAGGAGACCGAGUCGCUCUCUUGUCCGGCAACUCGGUAUCCUUCGUCACAGUCUGGCUCGCCUGUCUGGCUCUCAAUGUCGCCCCUGCAUUCAUCAAUCACGGAUUGACCGGUCAAGGCCUGUUGCACUGCGUCAAGAUCUCUCGAGCACAACUCAUCAUCUACGAACCAGAAUUUGAAGACAACCUGGCAGUCAUCCAAGAUGAUCUGAAGUCAACUCACGUACGGGACUACAUCUGUCUGCGCGACGGUAUCCAACUAUCCACUGGUGAGAAGACCGAGGGUCCUAGUGGAGCUUUGCGUGACGCCAAAUUGCUCGAUAUUCGUGCACUGGCAGCUCAGCAGCCCCGUGUCAAGCCCGUAGACCCAAGCUACCGAAAAGAUGUCGAUGAAAAGACUCCUUGCUGUCUCAUCUAUACUUCGGGCACGACAGGGCUGCCUAAAGCCGCUCUAUGCUCUCACGGCCGUAUUGGCGCAAGCACCUACCUCUGGAGCAGGGUCAACUCGUUCAGCCCCAGCGACCGUAUCUAUACCCCAAUGCCCCUAUAUCACUCCUCUGCUGCCUUUCUUUGCAUUGCCACUUCUUGGGCUGCCGGCUCCACAGUCAUCAUCGGACGAAAGUUCAGUGCCAGUCGUUACUGGCCAGAGGUGCGAGCAAAUGACGCAACAGUCGUGCAGUACAUUGGCGAAAUUGCUCGCUACCUCUUGGCAGUCCCGCCAUCUCCAGCAGACAAGGAACAUCGUGUCCGCAUGGCCUACGGCAACGGUAUGAGGCCUGACGUCUGGACAAGGUUCCGAGAGAGAUUCGGCGUGAAGAUCGUCUCUGAAUUUUAUGCGUCGAGUGAAGGAAACGGAGCCUUGCUCAACUACAAUACCGGUCCCUUUGGAGCGGGAGCCAUUGGUCGCUUUGGCCCUCUGGCCAAGUUCUUCCGCCCAACCUUCAAGAUCGCAAGGGUGGACGCAAUCACCGAGGACAUCUACCGCAACCCUCAGACAGGUCUCUGCGUAGAGUGCGAGCCGGGAGAGCAGGGAGAAUUCCUGAUGAAGAUUGAUGCAUCGAAGCCAGGUGGAGACUUCCAAGGGUAUGCCGACAACCCAGAGGCGACAAAGAAGAAGGUGGUACAGGAUGUCUUUGUCAAGGGAGACGCGUGGUUCCGGAGUGGCGACCUGCUCAGGCAGGAUCCUGAUGGCUUCUACUGGUUCCAGGAUCGUCUCGGUGACACAUUCCGAUGGCGAGGUGAAAAUGUGUCCACAGCAGAGGUGGCACAGGUGCUCGGAGAGCUCGUGGGUGAGGCCAAUGUGUACGGUGUCGAAGUCCCGAACACAGAGGGCCGAGCUGGGUGCGCAGCAAUCCCGGCCAAUGCGGUCUUUGACCCCGCCCUUCUGGCCGCCCAUGUCCGCAAGGGUCUGCCCAAAUAUGCCGUGCCCUUUUUCCUGAGGAUCGUGCCCGCAAUGGAGCAGACGGGGACAGUGAAGCACCUGAAGGUGGCUUUGAGGAAGGAGGGCAUCGACCACGCCCAGGUCAAGGGAGAUGCUCUCUGGUGGCUGCCUCCCGCGGCUCGCGAGUAUCGGCCAUUUACCCCAGCAGAUCUGCAGGAGUUGACCGCGGGCAGGGUGAAGCUAUAGAGUGUGGAAUCGGACGUUUUCUGGGUCUUUCAGUCUUUCUAGCAUCUCUAAUUUAAGUCUUUCCCUCCAUCGACCUGGUUCAU